GUUUGUUGUCAGGGGCUCUGUUUGCAAGCGGAGGCUCGCUGCCAAUCAAGUGGGAGCCCGGUAGGCAGGCAGGCUGGCUGCUUGGCAGGUGGCCUUCCCGGUAGAGGUUGGCGGUUCAGCCGUUGGAGGGUAGUGUGUGGGGUGAAAAGAUCUCCGCUUCGGACCCUGCAGAGUUCUGGUAAUUGGAAAGAAAACACUGACCUUGAUCGAUCCAAGGACCUGACUUAGUAGAAGACACCUUUAUAGGGUAAUUGCUUCAAAGCAUCUGGCUCAGCAGAAGGAAUAGGCUGCAGGAUCGAGGAGAAGAUGACAUAGCAACAAUAAUAAUUGUUCUGAGGAAUGUUUUAUUGACUGGCUUGCUACAGGACAGUUCAAAAACUGGAGCUGGAUACCUGUGGGGUUUUGCCCCACACACACAGAUGAAAACACAGCCUUCAGGCAGAAACAGUUGGAUCUCUGUAGCUGUGUGAGAGUUUCCGGGAUGGCAGCUGCGGUUGUAACCAAGACAGCUUGGAAGCUGCAAGAAAUCACAGCUCACAGCAGCAAUGUUUCUGCUCUGGUGCUGGGCAAAAAUUCAGGCCGGCUGCUGGCAACCGGUGGAGAUGACUGUCGGGUUAACAUCUGGUCAGUUAACAAGCCCAACUGUAUUAUGAGUUUGACUGGUCACACAACACCGGUGGAGAGCGUGAAGAUCAAUACCAAUGAAGAGAUGAUCGUUGCGGGGUCUCAGUCAGGUUCCAUUCGAAUCUGGGACCUGGAAGCUGCCAAAAUUCUUCGUACUUUAAUGGGUCACAAAGCAAACAUCUGCAGCCUAGAUUUCCAUCCUUACGGAGGCUUUGUAGCUUCAGGCUCUAUGGACACCAACGUUAAGCUUUGGGACGUUAGGAGAAAAGGCUGUGUCUUCAGAUACAAGGGUCACACGCAAGCAGUCAGGUGUCUCCGAUUUAGCCCUGAUGGGAAGUGGCUGGCGUCCUCUGCAGAUGAUCACACUGUGAAGCUCUGGGACCUGGCGGCCGGGAAGAUCAUGUGUGAAUUCACAGAACACACAGGCCCAGUAAAUGUCGUAGAAUUCCAUCCUAAUGAAUACCUUUUGGCCUCUGGUAGCUCUGACAGAACCAUAAGGUUUUGGGACUUGGAAAAGUUUCAGGUGGUGAGCUGCAUCAAAGAAGAGGCCAUUCCUGUCAGGUGUGUGCUGUUCAACCCUGACGGGUGCUGCUUGUACGCCGGCAGCCAUGAUUCUCUCCGUGUGUAUGGCUGGGAGCCGGAACGCUGCUUCGAUGUGGUCAUGGUGAAUUGGGGCAAGGUGGCCGAUCUGUCCAUCUGCAACAACCAAUUGAUUGGAGUCUCUUUCACACAAAGCAUUGUCUCUUCAUUUGUGGUGGACCUCAACAGAGUCACGAAAUGUGGGUCCAGCCUCCACGGGCUGGUUAGGGAUGACAAGCCUUUCGUUCCGCCUGCGCCCAUGGGCUCCUCCCUGCGACGCAUCUAUGACAGGCCGUCAACGACGUGCAGCAGGCCCCAAAGAGUGAAACACAAUUCGGAGAGUGAGAGGCGCAGUCCCAGUAGUGAAGAUGACAGGGAGGAAAAAGAAUCCACUGCAGAGAUCCAGAACCCAGAAGACUACAAGGAGAUCUUCCAGCCAAAGAAUUCUAUCACUCGGACUCCACCCUACAAGAACGAGCCCUUUCCUGCACCUCCUGAGGAUGUUCCUCCAGAGCCCACGCUUGCAAAAGAAACAUCCAGGUCAAGUCAGGCUGCAGAUAGCCAAACCCCGUUGCCAAGCCAGGAGACCGUACGUACCUUGCAGUCGUUCAUAUUUCCUCUAUCUGCUGCAUUAAAAGGUUGUUCAUUAUGAUGGUGCAUUCAACAGCAUGAAAUACAGGUUAAAGCAGACUAUACCAAGCAGGAUUCAGCAGUCUGUGUCAUUGGAGCCUAGUUCCCAGGCUGAUGCCUGCGAUUCCACUGUGGUUUGUUUCUCAUUUUUGUGACACAUGUUUAAAGAAAGGUAAAGUA